AGCUGCGCGAAUUCAGGAAUUUGUCUGAAUUUAUGAAAAGCCGGUGUGUCAUACUGUACCCAUUCUUACUUUUACUGCAGGUAGUAAACGUUUAAUCUCGUGCAAAAUAUAAUACCAUUAUUAUUGGGUUAAAAUGGAUCUUACUGAUGAUAAUUUACUCACAUUAAGUGAAUACUUGAAGCAUACUUUAAGUCCGGACAUUAACGUCAGACGGCCAGCUGAAAAAUUUUUGGAAUCAGUGGAAGUAAAUCAGAAUUAUCCUUUGCUAUUAUUACAUUUAGUUGAUAAAUCUGAGGUUGAUUUGACCAUCAGAAUAGCAGGUGCUGUAGCAUUUAAAAAUUAUAUUAAGAGGAACUGGAAAGUUGAACAUGAGUCAAAUGAUCGGAUACAUGUACAAGAUCGAAGUGCUAUAAAGAAACUCAUCGUGAAUUUAAUGCUGCAUUCACCAGAUUCUAUACAAAAACAAUUGUCUGAUGCAGUUUCUAUUAUCGGCAAGCAUGAUUUUCCUGAUAAAUGGCCAGAAUUAAUUGAUCAGAUGGUGGAAAAGUUUAAUACAGGGGAUUUUCAUAUCAUUAACGGUGUACUCCAUACUGCGCAUUCUUUGUUUAAAAGAUACCGAUAUGAGUUUAAGAGUGAAAGUCUUUGGAGAGAAAUUAAAUUUGUACUUAACCAAUUUGCAAAGCCUCUAACAGACCUUUUUGUGGCAACCAUGAACUUAACACAGGUUCAUGCCAAUAAUGUGGAAGCCCUAAAAGUUAUCUACAAUUCUUUAGUUAUUCUGUGCAAAGUCUUCUAUUCUCUCAAUUUUCAAGACUUGCCUGAAUUUUUUGAAGACAAUAUAUCAACAUGGAUGACACAUUUUCAUACGCUUCUUACAACAGAUGUUCCCUUAUUACGAACAGUGGAUGAUGAAGAAGCUGGUGUGAUCGAACAGUUAAAAUCUCAAGUCUGUGAUAAUGUUGGCUUGUAUGCUCAAAAGUAUGACGAGGAAUUCAAACUGUAUCUACCACAGUUUGUUACAGCUAUUUGGAAUCUACUAACAUCAACAGGACAGCAACCUAAAUUCGAUUCAUUAGUGUCAAAUGCACUGCAAUUUCUUUCUACAGUUGCAGACCGUACACAGUAUAGACACUUAUUUGAAGAUCCAACCACCCUUGGAAGCAUAUGUGAAAAAGUUAUUAUUCCAAAUAUGGAAUUUAGAGAAUCUGAUAAUGAACUAUUUGAAGACAAUCCUGAAGAAUAUAUUAGGCGUGACAUUGAGGGUAGCGAUGUUGAUACCAGAAGAAGAGCAGCUUGUGAUCUCGUCAAAGUAUUAUCAAAAUAUUUUGAAGCAAAAAUUAUGGAUAUCUUUGGAACAUACAUCCAGAUAAUGUUGCAAAAUUAUGCUGAAAAACCAUUUGAAAAUUGGCGUAGUAAAGAUGCAGCUUUAUAUCUUGUAACCAGUAGCGCCAGUAAAGGACAAACACAGAAACAUGGAGUAACUCAAAGCAGUGAUCUGGUCCCACUUCCUCAAUUUGCAGCACAGCACAUAGAACCUGAACUUGCUAAAGCAAACGUGAACGACUUUCCAGUACUUAAGGCAGAUGCAAUUAAAUUCAUUAUGAUAUUUCGUUCUGUUUUGCCACGGGAGCAGGUUGUAGGCAGUUUACCACAAUUGAUUAGACAUUUGACGGCAAGCAGCAUGGUAGUUCACACUUAUGCCGCUUGUGCAAUUGAAAAAAUUCUUGCUCUAAGAAGUCCAAAUAAUAUACCUAUAAUGAAAGGCGAUGAUUUAGAACCCUUAGCAACUGAUAUGUUAAAGGGUCUGUUUCAAACUUUGGAUGCGCCAGGAUCAGAGGAAAACGAAUAUGCGAUGAAAGCUAUAAUGAGGAGUUUUGGUACCUUGCAGGAACGAGUAGUGCCUUUUCUUGCAGAAUUGUUGCCAAAAUUAACAGAGAAACUUACCAUCGUUGCAAGAAAUCCUAGCCGUCCAAAUUUUAAUCACUACCUCUUUGAAACCCUCAGUUUAUCUAUUAAGAUUGUUUGCAAGACAAAUCCAGGUGCUGUGUCAUCUUUUGAACAAGUAUUGUUUCCCAUUUUUCAAGGUAUUCUUCAACAAGAUAUUCAAGAAUUUAUUCCGUACGUCUUUCAAAUUCUGGCUUUACUUCUUGAACUGCAAAUCAGUCCCGAUGUACCAGAACCCUACAUGGCCUUAUUCCCUUGCUUGCUCGCACCUAUCUUAUUUGAGCGACAAGCAAAUAUUCAUCCUCUAAAUCGAUUGCUACAAGCAUUUGUGAGUCAUGGAGCACAUCAAAUUGUCGCGCAAGACAAAACCAACGGCCUUUUAGGAGUUUUUCAAAAGUUGAUCGCAUCAAAGUCAAACGAUCAUGAAGGCUUUUUAUUAAUACAAAGCAUUAUCGAACAUUUUGCACCAAAUGUAUUGGAGCCGUACAUGAAGCAGGUCUUCGUAUUACUUUUUCAAAGACUAUCAUCUUCGAAAACGACGAAAUUUGUAAAGGGCAUUAUUGUAUUUUUCGCAUACUACAUUAUACGAUUUGGUAGCAGUAGUUUAGUAACCAUCAUUGAUCAAAUUCAACCACAGAUGUUUGGAAUGGUAAUAGAACGUGUAUUAAUCACAGAUUUACAGAAAAUAUCUGGAGAAAUAGAACGCAAAGUAACAGCAGUAGGGAUUUCGAAUUUGUUGAUUGAAUGUCCCGCUAUGCUUGAGAGUCCUUACAAUAGUUAUUACCCACGUCUUCUGGCCACUUUGAUCGAAUUUUUCGAAUUGCCACAGGAUGAAAGUGUGUUACCAGAAGAUCAACUCUUUCCAGAAAUUGACGAUACUUCUGGUUAUCAAGCAGCCUAUAGUCAAUUAAUUUUUGCCAGAAAUCCGAAAAAAGAUCCAUUGCCAGCCGUAGGCGAUGUACGUUUACAUUUGGCACAAGGUCUUGGAAGAUUAUCACCUGGACAAUUACCUGGAUUGCUUGGUCAAAUCCCUGAACCAAAUGCUAAUCAUCUCAGAAGUUACCUCCAAACUGCUGGGAUAACAGUUGCAUAAUCCGAACUAGAUGUUCGCGGUAGAUUGAAGAUCCAUUUAAUGGCACGAAAGUUCAAUAAUAUCGAACUUAGUGAAUUAUAAUUGGAAGCAUUGUGAAGAAGUCCCAGUUUGCUUUUUAAAAUGUGAGAAGUAUAUCGUACUAAGAAGAUCUUUUUAAACUUAAUUUCUAGAAUUAAUAUAUUUUUUUUGUAAGUAUUUCAUGAGUAAUUUGUUCCAAUUCAACACAGUUACAAAAAGUAGAUUCAUAAUAACCAUUACUAAUCCAGUUGGUUAAAUAAUAAAAUUACAGUAGUCGAAAUAAAUACCAACUGGAAUAUAUAACGUAUACGUUUAUUUGAGAUAAUGAAGACAUUUUUUUCGGAAUCAAAAAAUUAAUUUUUUUAUCCGUAAAUAUUAAUUUUAUUAAUACUCCACACCAAUUUUGAAAUACGCUGUAUAAGAUUUUCCUUGUGCGAUUUGGAAUGGAAAAAAUUCGAAUGGAAGAUUACUGAAAAAGAACUGUAUCGCUCUGAAUAAUACUUGCAUUAACAAUUAUUAAUAAAAAUAUGCAUCUGGUCGGGUGCCCAUUUAUAAUAUAUCAAGUAGACGGCAAAUAUAAAUGGUCUUCAAUGAAAAACUUAUAUUUAUGAUACGUAUCUUUUAAAACUAACAGUAUACCUUUUACAUAAUACCUUUGAAUGUACAGAAUGAAAACAGUAUGUCCAGUAACAUUAUCAUGGGCUAAUAUUUCACAUUUUCAUACAAAGAAUGUAAUAUAGCCGAAUUAACAUAUGUUAAUAAAUAGCUAUGAUUUUUACAAACA